AUGACCAACGAAGAAAAGGCUGAACAAAACAUGGUGGUCUCCGAGCAAGUGAAGAACGAACAUGGUUCAGAUAUUUCAUCAGGAGUUCUUGUAAUAGAGGCUGAUGAACUCUAUAUUGAUCCUGUGAAGGAAAAGAAGUUGGUUCACAAGCUUGACUGGUUCCUUUUGCCCAUGUUCUCAGCUCUGUACUUCCUCUCUUUCCUUGACAGAUCCAACAUCGGUAACGCAAAGAUUGCAGGCAUGUACGAGCAACUGGACCUGACACCCAACCAAUAUUCCGCUGCUGUGUCGGUGUUUUAUGCCACUUACAUUACUGCCGAGCUCCCCUCAGUUUUGCUGGUCAAGAGAGUUGGACCUCGUCUUCAUUUGACUGUGUUGGUGGUGUGCUGGUCUCUGGUGACAAUUUUCACUGCGUUCAUUCGUGACUACUGGUCUCUCAUUCUCACUCGUCUUUUGCUUGGUCUUUUCGAAGGAGGAUUCUUUCCAUGUUUGAGUUUGAUCAUCAGUAUGACAUAUAAGAGAGAGGAACAGUCCAGACGUCUGGGAUACCUCUACGUGUGUUCGUGUUUCUCGGGUGCCUUUGGUGGUCUGAUCGCUACAGGUAUCACCAAAAUCAAGCCCCGUCACAACUUCCAGGCUUGGUGUUGGUUGUACAUUAUCGAAGGAUGUAUUUCUCUUGCUGUCGCUUCUUGGGUCAUUUUCGGCAUGCCAAACGAUGUCAAGAAAGCAAAAUUCCUUACUAAGGAAGAGCAGGAAAUGAUGGCCAUUCGUUUCACGCAUGCUCAAAAGUACCAGGGAAAUCAAAAUUUCGAGAAGAAAGAACUUGUCAACGCUCUCAAGGAUCCAAAGGUGUAUCUUUCUCUUUCCAUUCAGUUCUGCGUGGAUCUAGUGCUGUAUGGAUUUUCCACUUUCCUUCCAUCCAUCUUGAAGCUCCAGUUGGGUUACGAUAGCAUGCAGGCUCAGUAUUUGUCUGUUCCUGUCUAUAUGUUUGCCGCAAUUGCUGUUUUCUCGACCUCGUAUGUGUCGGACAAAAAGGGAUGGAAGGCUCCUAUUAUCCUUGGUUGUAACGCAUUUGGUCUUAUUGGUUACUGUAUAUUGCUCGGAUCGAGCAAUGGUCCAGCUAAGUACUUUGCGUGCUAUCUGAUCGCCAUUCCUUACUACAGUUCGGUCGGUGUUGGUGUCACUUGGAUCAACAACAACAUGGCACCACAUUACAGAAGAGCUUCCGCUCUGGGUCUCAACCAAACCUUCGGUAACUUGGCUGGUGUGAUUGCAGGUCAAGUCUACAGAACUGCUCCUUAUAAGCUUGGAAACGGCUUCUCUUUGGGUUGCACCGUUGUUGCGAUGGUCUUGACUACGAUUCAAUAUUACUACCUGAAAUCGCAAAACACUCUGAAGGCCAAGAUUCUCGCUGGGGAAAUAGAAGACACCAGGAGGGAGAAGACCGGAAGUAACGCUCCUGAUUUCGUUUACAUUUUAUAA